CUAUAAAAACAAACGUUAACCAGGAACUUAUGUAGAUUAGAUUUUUUAUUUUGACACGUGGAAACGAGUGAAUGAUCGAAUGACAAAUGAACUCGUUGGCUACCGUUGGAAUGCGUUGGUCUUCUUUUUUCGGGCAAGAGGAAAGGUACAUAAUAUCAUACGGAUAACGUAUGCGUAUAGUGUAUGUACACAAAUAUGUAUAUAAAAAAAACAGUCUAACGAGUAUUGGCGAAGAUCCAAAAAAUAAUUUGAUAGAGUUUCCUCUGUGAUCAUGUCGAUUAGUCCGAGUGGAGCUAUUGCGUUUGUACAAAUAUCAACAAACAGAGAGACAAAACCGGCGUCCAGAGUGGUACCGAUGUUAUUUAUGAACUUCCAAUGCACAGAGUGGUUUAAACCAGUUUAACGACGUGCGAUGAUGUUUAGGCAUUGAAAAAACAUUUCAGUUGGGAAAUAAAUUAUUGUCUCUGAUUCUGGAGCGUUAAAUGAUCAAGCAGUUCAACCACAGUAUGUCUUUAUAAACAUAUUAGCCAUAUUGUAAUUUUGAUAGAAUCAUAUCAACAACAAUUGCUUAGUGUUUUCAAAUCUUGAUUAGUCAUAAUCUACUAUUUUAUUUUGUAAAUUGUACCAUUUGUGAAUCGUGAGAAUGACUGACAAGCGCUUGUCCGAAUCUAUAAGACCAUGUAAUUUGAUUUUGUAUUUGGAGUUUAUCGAAAAUCUAAAUCCCGAACUCGAAUUUCCCCUGAAGUUUAACUUGAAAACAAAAAUGUGUAAUUUGUCGACGUCCGAUAACAAUAUCAAAAUUGAAUUGUCAAACUCCUCUGGUAAAAUUGAUCUGUCAACGAUUUUAGAUUUCCCACCUGAUGGAUUGCCGACAACUGCUGAAAUCGUAGCCAACCCCCUGCUAAUUUUUUUUGAACCUUUGGCUAAUUUUGAAUUGAGUUUUCGAACGACUGUCAGCAAAGAUGAAUCUAAAGUGAUGUGGAUAUCAGUCGUUGAUUUGUUGCCUUUGGCGUACGGUAACGAAGUAGUCGGUCGAUAUCCGAUGCACUGCGUAAUUAUUGAUGUCGAUGGUAAAAUGAUGUCGUUAUCGGAUAGUUGGACGAGUACAAGUAUUCCGAAAAUCGCACAUCUACUGCCGGAUGUCUUUUUAAAGACUUCCGUGCGGACAACGUCUGCUUGGCCAUAUCCACCGCCAGACAACAUAUUGACUGUCACAUUACAUGCUCUGUACAACCCCUUGUCGUUGACGCGAUCGUCUCAGAAACGAACGAGUGAUCAGCAAAAAGAAACCGCUUAUUUAGCUGUUCUGGACUUGCCUCCGACGACGGACUCGGACGAAAAAAACACAGCUACAGUAUUUGCCAAAGGUUCUUAUUCGGACAUUGCAGCGGACGACUCAAACGAAGUGCGGUGGCGCUGUUUACUACAUGAAGACAUACCAGUAACAGUAUCGACCACAGGUCAGAGGUUUGGGGAACAAGAACCGACGUUGACAAACACCUCUGGUAUACCUCAAGUGAAUGAUGUUUUCAAUAGAGGGUCAAGAUAUGUUUGGAAUUCACAACAUAGAUUUUCUAUGUCUACGAAGGUGUCUCUAGCUUUACAGGAGUAUAUUUUUAAGUAUUCUGUCUGGCCAAUGGUGUUGAUAUCAAAUAGUUCAUCAGCUAUCUCAAUGAACACUUCAUCAGAGUCGGUUAGUCAAUAUUUGUCUUCAAGUCCACCCGAAGAUGCUUUAAUAGCUUUUUUAGAUUUAUCUUCUCUCAUGACACCUAAUUGUACUUCUGUGCGGUGUAUUUCAUCGAUUAAUUCAGUUAAUGUUAAAAAAAGUCUUUCUUUAUUACUACAUGAUAUAGAUUUGAGUCAAUAUACUGAAAAUGUAUCUAAGCUCACUUCAAAACUACAUUCAUCUACAGAUUGUGAUCGAAAAGAAUGGACGACCCCAUUUAUAGUUGUGGAUAUUUCUACAGCUCAGUCAUUACAUAUGCAAUAUCUAAAACAAAUAACAUACGAAAUGUCAAACUUAGGGUUUAAUUUCAAUGCCAAAACUCCGUCAGUUGUAAACUUUACGCUAGCUGAGGAAGAGUGCCAAAGAAAUAUUAGAACAGCAAUGCAAACAAUAAUAAAAGCUACAUGUGCUUACGAUUGUCAAAAAAAUAAUGACAGCGUAGAAACUUGUGUGAAAGUUUUAAAAGCCAUUGGAGAAUACGAUUCAUUAGUAUCAUCUUUACAAAAAGAUAUUAAAUCGUAUGUUGAAAAAAAAUACAAAAGUCCAAGAAUUGGUGAAUCUGUGCAAAGCUUCGUGAACCGUAUUUCCGCGGACUUAGCAGAUAAAACUAAGAACGUGGCCGAGUCAUUCGAGUUUCCGCAUUCCUAUUCAAGUAAAGACAGCCUACAGCUGAAGAAAAAACAAGUGGUCCUCUACGCCAAAGAAGCGUAUGAGUGUAAGCAAAUGGAACGCGCCGAAGCGUUUUAUAAACACUUAAUUCGCACGACUGGCACGAGGUGUGACUCCGACUACUGGUUGUUGUACGCUACUUUUUGCUCAGGGAGACUUGAUUUCGAUACGGCUUUGGAGUGUGUCAAAGAAGUUUUACUGGAUGACAGCGGCAGUUGGAUCGGGUUAUUUUUGUACGCUGCUAUACAGAUGUCUCUUGGUAAAGAUGAAAAUAAUAGAAAUGGCGAAACUGCUUUAAAGGCGUUAAUAAUGUACCGCGGAGACUUGAAUGAACCGUAUGUGUUGCUUAGUGUUUACUAUGAUUUGCUUAAAAUGCCAAACGCUAGUUUAGCAAUGUUACAAAAAGCCAAUAAAAUAUCUCCAAUUGCAAACAUUGAAGAACAUCAAAUUCACGAUAUUUUUUUGAGUUGGAAACCCAUUGGAUACAACGGAGAUCCUCUAAUCAAGUGCACCAUACUACUUUUGAAAUACGAAUUGAUACAAAUCGCGAAAUAUUGUCUAAGAAAUUCGAAACAAAAUAUCGAAGAAUAUUUUUACUACAUGGCUGUAUGUGAAUAUAAAAGUGACAAUUUUAUAGCAAGCUUGGAUUGGCUUAAAACAUGUGAAACUUUCAUAUCACCAAAGAAUAAAAAAAACGUAGAUGCCUUAAAAUGUCUUAACGAUAUUGAAUUAAAAAAUCAAUCAUGUACUUUGGAAACAUUCAUAUUAAGCUUUGAUAGAGUACAUAAUGUUACCAAAGAAGACCAUUUAAUAUAUUUAAAAAGCGCUCAACUUUACUUUCGUGAAGGAUUUUACACAAGAGCGGCAGAAAUUUGUUUAGUUGCAUGUACUGUACUACGAACCCCAAUGCUUCUUUGCUUAUUGGGAAAAUCAUUAAUAAAGAUUGGCCUAGUGGAAAUUGCCAAGAAAGUAUUAUCAGAGGCUAAUUUAAUGGACAACAAAAAUGAAGAAAUAUGGAAGGAGCUCUCACUGAUAAAUAUUAAGCUGGAAAAUACCAAACAGAUGAACAUUUGCUAUAAUGAAACACAUUAAAACCCUAAAACUAAUUUUUUGUGACAAACUAUUUUGUGUAAAUACAAUGAAGAAAUUCAGUUCAGCAGAAACAAGAAAUUUUAAAUAUACAGUAAAAUCAAAAAUCUAUUUUAGAUUAAAAGUUAAGUUUUAUUACAAAAUUUAAUUUGAUGUUAAGUCAAUGUUCAACAAAUCAAUAAUUAAAUCUUAUUAGUAAUUGAAAUGUGUCUAAAAUAUUCAUAUGAUUUAUAUUGACAUACAAAUAAAAA